AAUCACUAUUCAAUAUACCCCUUCACGAUUAUUUACCUUCGUUGCCUUAAAAUAGUCGACAUGCUCGUUUAAAUGUUACCUAAGAUCAAACAAUAUUUAAAAAGACUACAAGAUAUUGAAGAAAAAUUAAAGCCGGGUGAUAAAAAGUUUCGCAGAUGUUUGAUUGAACACUAUGGUGUCACUGCAAACAACACGUUCGAAAAAAUUAAAAAUUUAGUAUUCAAAUUAAAGAUAGCAGAGGCGCCAGUAGAAUUAGAAACAAUUACUAAAUUUGCAAAUAUCAGCUACAACAACAUUAAUUCGUACAUAAAGUUUCAAUUACAAAAUAAAGUCCAAUUUAAAUUUAAAACACUUGUUAAGAUUAGCAUUGCAUUACGCCGUUGGAAAAGGAAAACCAUGGAGGAUUUUGAUAUAAAAACCGCAGCAACAUUAGUACAAUUAUAUGACGGAAAUGCGGACAGCUUAGAAAAUUUUCUGGGUUCAGCAAAUUUAUUAAGGAAGCUUUUUCCGAAAGACACGAAGCAGAUACUAGUAGAGUUCCUCAAAACACGAUUAACAGGUAAAGCUCAACUAGGGUUAGCACCAAACAUAACUGAUUUUGAAACCCUUAUACAGGAUGUAAAAUCACGAUGCCAAGAAAAAAUAAACCCCGACAAGGUUAUAGCAGAAUUAAAAUCGAUAUGCCAUACAGACACGAAGACCCUAUGUGACGAAGUGGAGAUACUAUGUACAAAAUUAAAAGUGAUGUAUCUCAAACAAAACAUACCGGAGCAAGUGGCUAACGACAUGGCAGUCAAGCGAGGAAUAGAAACACUUAUUGACAAGGUCAAACUCACGGAAACAAGGAUUAUAUUACAAGCAGGGCAGUACACCUCUAUAUCAGAUGCAACAGAAAAGGCACUAGAAAGCGAAAGAAUGCACAAUUCAGCUCAACAAGUGUUCGCAUUUAGAAAAAACUUUAGUGCUCCCAAUCGCUCCUUUGACAAUAGAUAUUCAAAUCAGUACACACGUAAUACGUACAACAGGUCACAAAAUAGAGGAAAUUUUACUUCAAAUUGGCAAACAAAUAAUCGGCAUCAACAUAAUAAUUUUCACAACACCAAUAACCGACGAUUUUUCAGAAAUACCAACAGAAACAAUAACAGGAUUUACACUACACAAGCCACAGAACAAGAACAUUUUUUAGAAGAAAACCCGCAGCAUACCGAUUACCAAUCUUAGCCAUAA